AAUGAGCAGAUUUUCUGAGAGAGAGAGAGAGAGAGAGAGGGGGAGAGAGAGAGAGAGGGGGAGAUAGAUAGAGCCAUCCAGCCAUAGGAGGAGAAGAGCUUGUGAGGCAGCAGGCUGUGCGUCAGCCGGCGCUCCGUAGGGAAACAUGGAGACGAGCAGGAGAUGCUGAGGAGGACAGAACGACACCACAACAGGAUCUCAUACAUGGAUGUUAUUUCAUCAGGCAGGCAACCUGAAGGCAACCCACGCAGAGGAUAAACCACUUAUGGACGCAGUGGAUUAAAGACCUACAGACAGACUGAGAGAAGGGAGGGGGGCAAUAGAAGAAGGAGAAUUAAUCAAUCCACUUGUUUAUUUUCAUUGGGUGUGUGUGUGUGUGUGUGCGCAUUUGCUGUCAGAAAGUGUGCAUGUGUGUGUGCAUGCAUACAGUGUGUGUGUGUCUGUGUGUGUGUGCAGAAGGCAGGAGACUGCAUUGCUGCUCUCCAGCACCACAGGACCAACACAAAGCAGAUUACCUUAUGUUUUCCCCCAUUUUUCUGCCUCUCCCUCUUUCUAUGCAUGUGUGCGACCAGGCCAAGUGUGUGUCUGAGUGUGUGUGCGUGUGACACACAAUAAGAAGAGGAUGCUGGAGCCUGAAGUGAGACACACAUUCCGACUUUGAAUGAUUUUCUGCUUAGGAGCGAACCCAAAGAAGAAACAUUUUCUAAAGAGGGAGAGUUUCUCUUUUUCCUCACCACGCUAAAAUGUCACAGCUCCAGUCGGGCUCUCGCUGCUGAUCAGGGUGGCUCCUAUGCUGGAGGAAGCCUGGAGGUUUGAAGGGCUGCCCCCGGGGACACUUCUUGGCUCGACACCCCAGAGAGGUGGAGGCAUCGUCAGGUAGGAGGCGGCAGAGCGAGUGGGCCUGAGCCGGAGAGCAGGAGCAGAAGAGUAGGAGGGAGAGUUCGUUGCGUUUGUGUUGGUGGAGGCUGAUUUGAGGCCGGUGGAGCCGCCGGAUGGUUUCAUCUCCUGCUCAGAGAGGAUAAUGGCAGCUCCGGGCCCACUCUCCUGUCUCACCUGCGUCUGCCACAGAGGAGACGGGAGGUGCUAGCCAAAGAGACAAGGAGCCCAGCGAGAGGAUGGUGUGAACAGCAUCUCACUGCCUUUUCCCACCAAGCCGGGAAACCCCUGACACUCCUGUGAGGGGCCAAGUUUUGUUUUCCACCUUGUUUCUCCUUCUCCUUCUUCUUCCUGCCAGCUGGAAACAAAGGGUGGCGUCUCUCGAUUCGUGUGGGAGUUCGCUCCCUCUUCCUCCCAACUUCCUCCCUCUCCUCCUCCUCCUCCUCCUCCUCCUCCUCACCGAACUCUGAAUUCAGCUCCAUGGAUUGAUCGUAGCACCAACCUGUCCUUCUCUUUCCUCCCUCUGUUUUCUUUUUCUUUUCUUUUUCUUUUUGUCGAGGCUUCAGGGGAAUUGCCAAGACCUGUUUCAUGCAUGUCCACUGGCGGCAGGUUCAACUUUGACGAUGGGGGGUCAUACUGCGGCGGGUGGGAGGAGGGCAAGGCGCACGGCCACGGGAUCUGCACGGGACCCAAAGGCCAGGGCGAGUACUGUGGGUCCUGGGCCCACGGCUUUGAGCUGCUGGGCGUCUACACCUGGCCCAGCGGUAACACCUAUCAGGGCACCUGGGCUCAGGGCAAGAGACACGGAGUGGGUGUUGAGAAUAAAGGCCGCUGGGUGUACAAGGGCGAGUGGACGCACGGCUUUAAGGGACGCUAUGGCGUCCGGGAGAGCACGGGGACGAGCGGGAAGUACGAGGGGACGUGGAACAACGGCCUGCAAGACGGAUACGGAACAGAGACGUACUCGGACGGAGGAACUUUUCAGGGUCAGUGGGUUGGCGGGAUGCGACAUGGCUACGGAGUUCGUCAGAGUGUCCCAUAUGGGAUGGCGGCCGUCAUCCGCUCCCCUCUGCGAACCUCUAUAAACUCUCUCCGCUCCGGUUCGGAACACAGCAACGGCACGGCUCUGCUGGACCGGACCGGGGCGGUGGUUCCUGGGCCUCCUCCCGUCCCCGGCACGCUGACCACCAGCGUCUCCAUGUGCAGCACGGGCAGCAGCGGCAGCAGCCCCGCGGUGUCCCGGGGAGGCUUCGUGUUGAUGGCGCACAGCGAGGCCGAGCUGCUGAAGGGGAAGAGGAAAGGCGGGCUCUUCAGGAGGUCCAUCCUGUCCGGCCUCAAGCUGAGGAAGUCCGAGUCCAGGAGCUCGCUGGCCUCGCAGAGGUCGAAGCAGAGCUCGUUCAGGAGCGAGGCUGGGAUGAGCACCGUGUCCUCUGCUGCAUCCGACAUCAACUCCACCAUCAGUCUCGGAGAUGCAGACGCAGAGUUGGCGGUCGCCGACGACGACGUGGAUGCGACAGCGACAGAGACCUACAGCGGCGAGUGGAAGAAUGACAAGCGGACGGGAUUCGGAGUGAGCCGGCGCUCCGACGGGCUGCAGUACGAGGGGGAGUGGCUCAGCAACAAGCGCCACGGCUACGGCUGCACCACGUUUCCCGACGGGACGAAGGAGGAAGGGAAGUACAAGCAGAACAUCCUGGUCAGCGGGAAGAGGAAGAACCUGAUCCCCCUGCGGGCCAGUAAGAUCCGGGAGAAGGUGGACCGCGCCGUGGAGGGAGCGCAGAAGGCCGCCGACAUCUCCCGGCAGAAGUCUGAAAUCGCCCUGUCGAGGACGGCCCACGCGCAGGGAAAAGCAGAGGCAGCGGUGGGAGCGGCUCAGAAAGCCCAGGACGAGAGUCGCAUGGCCAGGGUCACCGCCAAGCAGUUCUCCCCUUCCUUCCAGCACCCAGGAAACGGUAUGGAGGUGCAGCGUCCCAAACGUCAAGUGUCCAGUGAGGUGGAGGGCGAGGGGUUGUCGAGUAGCGCCGGCACAGCCGAUAGCCCAGAUCUUUACGUGAAGAGUGCAGCCUCUGACGACCCCUCCAAUGACGCAGCCACCCCUGACCUCAGUCCCCCUUCCUCCUCACCUCCUCACACUCCGCCUCCCCCGGCCCGGCCGACCCAGCGCACCAAGAGCGCCCGCUUCCACCGGCAGAGCGCUGUGGACCAUGGAGACAAGGCGAAGGAGGCAGCAGAGAGGAGUGAGAAGGGUGGGGCUGGAGGGAAGACAGAGAUCCAGGUGUUGAUGGAGGGAGGUAGUGCAGGAGGUGAAGGCAGCGGAGGGGGAGUAGGGAAGGGGGAGUACCCGCGGGCCAACAGCUGGAGUGAGGACAAGAGGAGAGGGAUGCUGUCAAAAGGAGGAGGCGUGGUCAGUGGACGUGGAGCGAGUCGGACCAACGGACACAAACACAGCUCCUCCAAUCACAAGUCACGGGAGCACGGCUCAUCCAAUCACAGACAGGCCAGAGGGGACAGGUGGACGGAGUCGUCCUCGUCGGCCUCCUGGACGUCGGGGCACAGGGGCGUGCACAGCAGGGGGGGCCGGCUGCUGGAGCAGGACGAGGAGAAAAUUAGUAACUACGAGAUGGAGAUGAAGCCUUUACAGCCCAGGGACUCCACUACCCACAAGCCCCAUGGGCACGGGGAGGAGAGGCAGGGGCCCGCUCACGGAGAGGGGCGCUCGCACCCCGUGCAGCGACAGAGACACAAGAACCGUGAUGGGAGGGAGGGGAGGGAAGGACGAGAGGGGAAGGAGGGCGGGAAAGACUCAGCGCACAAGCUGGACAGACCGGGGGAGAAGAUGGAUUCACGGCCUCUGCGCCGGGACCUCACCCUCUCCCCCCCUCUGAAGUCCUCACCCAUCUCACAGGAGCAGCAGGACCAAAGCCUCACGCAGAGCAAAGGCAACUCGGCCUACAGCUCUUUCCUGGUUGUCAUGGUGAUUCUGCUCAACAUCGGAGUGGCUAUUUUGUUUAUUCACUUUUUUAUUUAAAGACAGCACUGCUUUCAGAGUCAGCCUAUCUAUGCUACAACAACUAUAAAUUCAUAUGAGUGUCAUGUCGAAUCUGCCGCCCCUCCGUGCUCCUGGUGAAAGGACUGCAACCCGGCUGGAGCUCGACCAGGACCGAGGAGCGGCGCCGCCAUCGCUGGUCCGGCUGCAAAGAAGUGGAUGAAAGAGGGGUGAACCGGCCCAGAGGGAGAUAACGUAGUCCAGGAAAUGGACUUGAGUGAGCUUCAGUAGUUCACCGAUAGACUCAAGUGAGCUGAAGCGGUUCGAUUCCCCGGCCACUGAGACGUCUGCUUCCACUGUCUGCAGACAGGACUGACGAGACAGACUUUUUCAUCUUCAAAUCAUAGUUUUCAACAGAUUUGUAACUUCUAAUUUAUUUAUUAACAUUUUAUCUCAUGUACAAUAUGUUGAUGGAUAUAUUUAUUUUGUAACCCUCCACCCCUCUUUAUAUGACUCCUGCCUUUUGGUUCCUUCCACCUGCCCAGGUGCCUGCCCAGGUGUUGUUACUGAUGGUUCAACGUCUGUGUGUGUGUGUAUGUGUGUGUGUGUGUGUGUGUGUUGCUUGAGCUGCCAAGUGUGCGCUGCCUGGAUACAUGGUUGGUUGAUGGCUCCCUGUCCACCCACGCACAACACGUACUUGUACUUCCAGCUUUGAGAGGACAUUUGUUGGCAUCAUAUAUUCCCUGGCCCCUCACUCUAACCUCACAACGGAAUGCCAAGCCUCAACCGUUAUGCUGUGUUCACACCGAAUGAGAUUGUGUUGCGUUACUCGCCCAAGUUUCGCCCCAGGUUCGUUUGUGUUCACGCCCACUACUCCUGUUAGCAACAUAAGUAAACAACAACCAAAUAUUCGCCCGUUCUCCUCCAGAAAAGAGGAGAGGAGGACAACUGACUGAACUGACAGCAGUUGCUGCGUUGUACAAGCCAGCGUCAUUGUGUGUGCGUCCACGAGACCAUCCAGAGACGCACACAGCUCGGGGAAUUUCACCCUCUCCUCCAGGAGAAAGUAAUCUCAGUGCGCAAAAAAAAUAGGCUUCACGUUUGAUGUGAAUGCAUCAUAACACUAACCCUAAUCCAAACCUAUUUCUCACCCAAGCCAAGUCUUAACCCUCAAACAGAACUUUGAAUUUGUGAGGACCGGCCAAAAUGUCCUCACUUGUCCAAAGUGUCCUCACUUUGUAGGGUCUAAUAGCAUGGUCCUCACAUAGAUAGAAGUACAAGUCCACACACACACACACACCGUGCAUCCACCCAGUCCCUCUCAGUCACUGGUCCUCGCUCUUCAUCUUGUGUAGGGAGUAAGAAAGAGUGUGUGUGUGUGUGUGUGUGUGUGUGUGUGUGUGUGUGUGUGUGUGUGUGUGUGUUGUGUGUGUGUGUGUGUGUGUGUGUGUGUGUGUGUGUGUGUGUGGUACAUGUACUAAUGUGUGCAACUCUGCAUUCUGUAUAUAUACAGUAUAACAGCAGUGUACAUGUGUGUGAAUGGAUUUUUUGUACAGAUAGCGAAUGUGUUUGCACCUGUAACAACCUUCAUUGUAUUUCAUUGUAUCAACCUUCAUCAGUAGUGUGUGUGUGUGUGUGUGCAUGUGUGUGUGUAUGUGUGUGUGUGUGUGCGUGUGUGUGUAUGUGUGUGUGUAGUGUGCGUGUGUGUGUGUAUGUGUGUUUGUGUGGUCUCCAAGUGGCUCAGUGGCCUUUCACGCUGUUCAUGAACUUUGCGAGAGCAUCUCAUGAAGACACAGUCACUGCUCAUCCACAUCCAGCCAACUAGCAUCAGCUGACAGCUGUGCUCGCUCGGUCUCUCCCUCCCACUCUCUCCCACCUCCACACACACACGCACACACACACACACACACGCACACACAGACCACACACACACACACACACACACACACACACACACACACACACACACACACACAGACGGACCACUCAGAGAUGGAGCUUCCUCUGAGUUGGUGGUAGUUCACUGAUGACCGUCCUUGGCAAAGACCUGCGCCCACUUCACCACCAGCAGAAGCAUUUAGACAAAAUUCUCCCUUUAGUGAAGAGUGAGCAACACAAACACGGCUUAAAAGACAAAAUGGCUUUGAUAACUCACCGUCUCCUACUGCUUCUCUCAAAACAUAACCUGAAGACAUCAUCUUUUAUACUAUACUUGCAUGAUGUCGGAAUAAACUCACUUGUCGCCACCUGCCUUGCUUUUGUAGUGCCAAUUGAUAAAACUACAACAAUGCAUGCGUAUGUACUUUAAUAUCUUAUUUGUGCGUUGAAUCUGAGAAUCCAAAACUCUUCAGGAGCACACGCGACACGUUACGUUUUGAUCGGAGCAGUAACAGGAGAUUAAAACAGCAGCAACAACUUGAAACUCGCUGCAGAACGUUUGGAGAUAAUAUUAAAUGAAAUGAUGUGAGUCUGUUGUAGCGUCGUGGGCGGCAGGAGCCAGGAUGGAGGUCGAUUUACUGCCUCCACUCCUCAGCUUCUCCUCCACCUGUCCAGGACCAUCAGUGAAAAGAAAACCGUCAGAAACACCUUUAACAAUUUGUCUGUUUCCAACUGAAGACACUGGGUUUCUCCUGAGUCCCUCUAACCCAUCUGGCAGACCAACCUCUGUUUGUUUGCAUGUGUGCACAUGGAUGCUCAUCGAAGUGUGUGAACAUGUGUGUGUAUCUCCCUCCUUCCAUGUGAUGGGAUGGGGCGGCUGAGCCUGUUGCCCUUGGUAACAACUUACAGCGGGCAGGGAGAGUACCGCUGUUGUUUUUUCUUUCUGUCCGACAGCGUUUCUCAAAGUAUGGAUCGGAACUCAAACCCAGCAGCGGGUUCGUUUCUGGCGUUUCACCACAUUAUUACAACAGUUCCGUAACGUGCCUGCAUCGUGAGAGGCCGAACAUUAACACGUUUAUUUAUCAUUUUGGGUCCCAGACAGAAACAGGUUUGAGAAGCUCUUCUGUACGACAUCAGCCUGGUGACAAAGCCCUGCGCCACCACCCCCUUAGUCUGCAGCAUGCUACAGCAUGCCAAGCUCUCUCUCUAUAGUUUCACUCUUCUUUCUUUCUUUCUUUCUUUCUUUCUCUUUCUUUCUUUCUUUCUUUCUUUCUUUCUUUCUUUAUGUUUCUGGGAAUUACUCUGUUUUGUUUUUGAGUUGUGUGGAGAAAAUAAUGAAAGUGUUGGAAAGAAAACGACUUGUGGCUCUUGUGUUUUUUUUAUCUCUGUGCGUGCGUGUGUUUGUGGUUCAGUUAUAACCUACAUUGUGGGGACCUAAAUCAAUCACACUAUGGGGACUUGUCUUCCUUUUGAGAACAGGAAGUCCACACGAGGUAAAUCAUUAGGUUAAGGUGAAGAUGUGUUUUUAAGGUUAGGUUAAGGUUUAGGUAAGUAGUAGGUAUGGUUAAGGUCAGAGUAAGUCUU